GGACAGGUGGCGCAUGCGCACUGCCUCCCUGUGCCGGCCGGCUCCACAUUGAGGCAGGGCGAGCGGAGGGACCAUUGAAAGAUGGAAGCGGCGGCUAGAGAAGAGCUAGACAUGGAAGUGAUGAAGCCUUUAAUUGGAGAACAGAAUUCGGACAGCAUCUCUGAUGAUGAGCAUGAAAAUGAAUUGUUGCCAGUUGAGAAGCAUUACCAACUUGAUAAUCAAGAAGGCAUCACGUUUGUGCAAACACUUACUCAUCUCCUUAAAGGAAACAUUGGAACUGGGCUUCUAGGGCUUCCACUUGCGAUAAAAAAUGCAGGCAUUGUGCUUGGACCAAUCAGCCUUGUGCUUAUAGGAAUUAUAUCUGUUCAUUGUAUGCACAUCUUGGUACGAUGCAGCCACCAUCUGUGUCAGAGAUUGAAAACGACCUCAUUAGGGUACAGUGACACAGUUAGUUACGCCAUGGAAGUAGGGCCCCUAAACAUCCUUCAAAAAAGAGCUUCCUGGGGAAGGUGUAUCGUUGACUUUUUUCUUGUGAUUACACAGCUGGGAUUUUGCAGCGUUUAUGUUGUGUUCUUAGCAGAAAAUGUGAAACAAGUCCAUGAAGGAUUUUUGGAGAACAGGAUUGUACCGAUGAAUGACACUAGUACCAGUGGUCCCUCUGAGAAAAGGAGUGUUGAUUUACGAAUAUACAUGCUGUGUUUUCUGCCAUUUAUUAUCCUUCUGGUCUUCAUUCGUGACCUUAAGAGCCUGUCUGUGCUUUCGUUCCUUGCCAAUCUUUCCAUGGCUGUCAGCCUGGUAAUUAUUUACCAGUACAUCGUUCGAGAUAUAUCUGAUCCUCGAAAACUUCCCCCUGUGGCUGGUUGGAAGAAAUAUCCACUUUUUUUUGGUACUGCCAUAUUUGCUUUUGAAGGCAUUGGUGUGGUGCUCCCUCUGGAAAAUAGAAUGAAAGAAACCCAACGUUUCACACAGGCACUGAACAUUGGCAUGGGAAUUGUUAUGUCCUUGUAUAUCACUCUAUCCACUCUAGGAUACCUGCGCUUUGGGGAUGAAAUCAAAGGCAGCAUAACUUUAAACCUGCCACAAGAAGUAUGGUUGUAUCAAUCCGUGAAAAUUCUGUAUUCCUUUGGGAUUUUUGUGACCUAUUCAAUUCAGUACUACGUUCCAGCAGAGAUCAUCAUUCCAGCAAUUACCUCGAAAGUGCAGCAAAAAUGGAAGCUGUUCUGUGAAUUUAUGGUCAGGAUACUCUUGGUCUGCUCGACCUGUGCUGUAGCAGUCUUGAUCCCUCACCUAGACCUGGUGAUUUCUUUUGUUGGCGCCGUAAGCAGCAGCACUUUGGCAUUGAUCCUGCCACCUUUGGUUGAAAUCCUCACAUUUUACAAGGAAAACUUAAGUGUGUGGAUGAUACUUAAAGACAUCUGUAUAGCUGUUAUUGGAGUCGUUGGCUUUAUAACAGGGACAUAUGUGACAGUUGAAGAGAUCAUUUAUCCUGCUGUGACAGUCUUAGUUAACACUACAGAGAGCCCCUUUGAAGAUUUGAACACUAUGCACUUGGUGACUGGUUUCAAUUAAUGGUGAGAGAACCAAGAAUCAGUUUGUUCCUGGGUGUGGGUUCUGAUUAGGAGCAAAAGAUCAUGAUAGAGCCUGUACUCGGCGGUAUGGGCCAUAUUCAAAUGAACUGAACAAAUAAAUUCUGAACAAUAACACACCUCUUUCCUCCUCUUCCUCCUUUGCCCAUUCUGUAACUCCUUCAGACCAGAUCUCUGUGUUAAGUCUCUCAAGCCUCCUCUGCUCUAUCUAGAGAAGGAAAGGAUUGUUUAGGUGUCAGGGUGGGAAAUAUUUAUAUAUGAAUUGCAUGUGCAACCAAAUAUCAUUCGUCAGAAAAUCAAAAUGCCUACUCAAAAGGGUGAAAUCCACCCCACGCAUCUCAGCACCAACAUGAUGCCUAUGCACCACUUACAUCUCAUUUAAGCCCUGUUUAAGGGGCUGAGGUGGGAUUUAAGUAGUGUGUAGAUCUUCUGCUGGCUCUCAGUGAAGGGGUGAAUUUAUCCCCAGUGGAUAAUAGUUACAAUAUAUAUAGCUUGGAUUGUUAGUAAUGUUUCUAGGGACCUGUAGACUUACUAUCUGGAAGUGUUUCCUUUCAACAACUAUAGGUUCUUCGCUCUGAUUAAUGGGCGUUAGUAUGUCUUAAAUCAAUGUGGUUUUGAAAAAUUACUAUGACUGUUCUUGCAGUCUUUUCACACUGGCAUCAAUGGAGUUCUGAAGACCUAAGGCCUUCAGGGUCAAGGACUUAAUGCUUAGCGCGUGUACUGCAGACCACCAGUGUCAGUCAGUUUAUGUGCCAUUAGGCACAAGGUCACUUUUUUGUGCAAUCCAGAUCAAUAACAAGCAUUUUAGUUGAAGUAUGUAAACGAUACCAAGUUCCUUCAGGAAAGUCCUCCAUCCCUAUCCCAACUAUGUGGAACAGCUUGCAGGAUCAAGGCCUUAGUUUUGACAGGGUAUGCUACUUCCAGUCAUAGAACAAGUAAUUUUUAAAACCUGGUGUUUUAUGGCCUUUGGGCUUUGUAUGUGGUGUCACAGAAUGUCAUCAUGUAUCAGAAAAAAUGUACUCUGUAAUGAUGCAGAAGUAGAUAACAAGAUAACAUCCAAGUUCACAAAUAAUGAUGUAAGUAAUUUAUUCUGAUAUAUUUUUGGUAACUGCUGUCCUAAAAAACUAAACAAAACACUUUUGAGAAUCUAUCCUUAACUGCAACUGUACAAAUACAUGAAAUGCUGUAUUUUUCUACCUAUUCCUAAAAGAUUAGAGUGACUGUCUAUAUUUGUAUUGUAGCAGCAUAUACAAUGGAGUAAUUAUUUUUGCAUUAUGUUCUGCAUUCAUUAGUAUUUAACGUUCACAUUACUGUAUUUUGGUUCUCCCCAACCACCAUUUUUGGUAAGUAAAAAGAGUAUCCAGGAAAGCUGGUAACUGUGGGGGAAAGUCAUCCUUUUGCUCCAGGCCAGUGCACCACUUAAUCCUUCAUAUUAGAAAGCUCUAUUUUGAGGGCUUGUAUUGGGCUUUCUGGACCCCCUCUAUUGAAUUUCACUCUGAAUGCCCAAACCAAAUUGUUGUUAUUUUAAUUGAAAAAACUCUCGAUUUUUUUUAAAAGAGUUUAUCAAACUUUCUUCUUAUAAAAAUGGUUUUCUAAAGAAUAUAUUUAAUUAUAACAUUUCUUGAGGAAAUAAAACCUCUCCCCUCAUGUCCAUGCACAUUUAAGACAGAGCAAUAGCUAAUAUAUUUCUUGCCUUCAGAAUAUUUCCCCAGUCACCUACCAUAUGGCAUCAGCAUUAUAGGCUUUCAUGUCCAUUUUAUAAGUGUUUCCAAUAGGGAUUCAGUAUAGUAGCAUAUGGUGUGAACUGCAUGUAGUUUUUCAAACAAUUGUUCUAAGCAGCGCUCUCAUUUUCAUUUCAGCAUGGACAAAAUUAAACAAAUACUUGGCAGGCACUUUAAAGGAAUGCAGAUGUAACGGUAUGUUACUAACAUACCCAGCACCUGUAAUAUUAAGGUGCCACCAAGGACCAUACAAGGGCAGUGACUGGACAGGCAAAAAGUAACUUUAACUUUUCAGAGUCAAGUAUUUAAGCCUUUAAGCUAUUUCUAAAGGAGUGUAGUGGGGUGGUUACCCCGCCCUGGCCUUGAAGGGGUUUAAGCAGCCCUGGAGAGGGCUGCAGGAGGAAGAGGAGUGAGAACAGCUGGAGGAAGCUGAGUGAGUAGCUGUCCACAGCUGUGGCCAGCUUAAUUAGGGCCCAACUGGCCCUUAUAAAAGGGCAGUGGACCAGAAGCCACAGAGGACUCUCCCUAUAGCUGUUGAGGGAGAAGGGCCUGGCUGCCUAGAAGCUAAGCAGGGUACCUAGACUGAAGAAGGGCUGGGGGAAGGCCAGAGGAGCUGGGGAGCUCCAGCCUGGAAACCCCAUCACCCCGGCUGCAGGCCUUGUUAAAGGCCAAGAAGGGUAGUGGGGUUGCAGAGGGUGGCCCAGGGGUAGGCAAAGGCAGCAGGUCCAAACCCCCCUUGCCGGUGAUGAGUGGCACUUACACUGCAGUCUGCCCCAGGGAUCGGGGGCUAGUUGAUGACUGGCAGUGGCCAUAGACUGAGGUGAGGUGGGGAUAGAGGGUGGGGGUUCCCUGGGGAGGGGAGACCCAGAUUUGUGGGGGUACUGCCAGGGGGAAGCAUCCUGGCCUGAAAGGGGCACUGGGGUCCAGGAGGGAUUCAGGCCCAGUGGCAAGCGGGACACUGGCCUGCAGAGGGCGCUCUGGAGGCUGGAAACACUAAUUCCCUGGACGACCACCAGGAGGUGCUGCAGGGGUGAGUCCUGCCCCAUCACGAGGAGAUAUUGCAGCCAAGUUUUUCAAUAUAUGUUUGGUGACGAAACCUGUUUACAAAAAAGGUACACUAGACAGUAGCAUCAAAACACAUUUUUUAUUUAUUUUUUGCUGUGAGAUUUAUUUUAAUUGAUCCUGAACAUUUUCUACAUAUAUUUUUAAUACGACUGGUAAACAUAACUUAGAUUUCUCUAUUAUUGUUUUGGCAGCUCUUUCUAUUUGUGUGUGUAUUUAGAAGAUGCAUAAUUGCCAAAUCCUUUCAUAUCAUCUGUUCUCAGUCUGCUGCAUUAUAGCAAAGUCCUCUGAGAUUGUGCUUCUGCCAACAUGCUGAAGGAUUUGGACCAGAAAUAUUUGGCCAGUGCAGAACAUGGUGGUAAUCUUUGGCUAGUACAGGUCGAUGUGCACCUGAUGCUAUUUACCAAAGCCAAGGCUAACAAAGGUGGGUGCCUAAAGAGAGGCUCCCACAUCCUUAUUUAAGUCCCUGAAGAUGUGACCUGAUUUUGAAAAGCACCCAGGAGUACUCCCUAAAGUGAAUGCAGGUCAGACUUUUUGAAAAUCAAACCACAUACUUAGGUGCCUAAAUAAGGACUUAGAAGCUUAGCUUUAGGCCCCCAGCUUUGGAAAUCUUGACCCAAGUGUGAACCCGUACAGAUCUCACCAUAAAGCCUGCCCAUGGCACAUCCCAUCAGUCCUAAUGGUGUCAUUCAGCAGUCUCUCACUCAGACUCCUUGCCACUGACCCCAUGAGUAUGAAGUAGCUUUUUUUAGUCUCUAGGUCAGUACUGCUGUCUAAUGGGUGGUAUUUAAUUUAAAUUAAUGUGUCACUUAAGAGAUUUUUAAAUUGUUUAUUAAUAUAUUUAAAGGCUUUCCACUAUACCAUUUUUAUUUUUCACCUACAGUGUAGGAUUUUUAUUAUUUCAGCACUCACAUAUUAGGUUUGUUUGGCCUGCUCAGUCAUUUUUAAAAAAAAAGUCUGUGGUCUCAGGACCAUGUUGUGCUCAAUAAAACUAUUGAGAGAUCAUCAACUCCAAAUAUGACCAAAUCAAAGACUAAAAGGGACCUUGAGAGGUUAUCUACUCCAGUCCCCUGCACUCAUGGCAGGACUAAGUUUUAUCUAGACCAUUCCUGACCAGGUGUUUGUCAAACCUGCUCUAAAAAAUCUCCAAUGAUGGAGAUUCCACAAUCUCCAUAGGCAAUUUAUUCCAGUGCUUAACUAUCCUGACAGUUAGGAAGCUUUUCCUAAUGUCGAACCUAAACCUCCCUUGCUGCAAUUUAAGCUCAUUGCUUCUUGUCCUAUCCUCAGAGGCUAAGAAAUUUUUCUUCUCCCUCCUUCUUUUAACAUCCUUUUACGUACUUGAAAACAGUUAUGUCUCCUCUCAGUCUCCUCUUUUCAGACUAAACAAACCCAAUUUUUUCAAUCUUCCCACAUAGGUCAUGUUUUCUAGACCUUUAAUCAUUUUUGUCCCUCUUCUCUGGACUCUCCAAUUUGUCCACAUCCUUCCUGAAAUGUGGCUCCCAGAACUGGACACGAUACUCCAAUUGAGCCAAAUUAGUGCAGAGUAGAACAGAAGAAUUACUUCUCGUAUCUUGCUAACAACACUGCUGCUAACACAUCCCAGAAUGAUUUUCACUUUUUUUGCAAUAGCGUUACACUGACUCAUAUUUAGCUUGUGGUCCACUAUGACUCCCAGAUUCCUUUCUGUAGCACUCCUUCCUAGACAGUCAUUUACCAUUUCGUAUGUGUGCAACUGAUUGCUCCUUCCUAAAUGGAGUACUUUGCAUUUGUCCUUAUUGAAUUUCAUCCUGUUUACUUCAGACCACUUCUCCAGUUUGUCCAGAUCAUUUUGAAUUUUAAUCCUAUCCUCCAAAGCACUUGCAGCCCCUCCCAGCUUGGUAUGAUCCGCAAACUUUAUAAGUAUACUCUCUAUGCCAUUACCUAAAUCAUUGAUGAAGAUAUUAAAUAGAUAGGGACCCCACUCAUUAUGUCCUUCCAGCAUGACUGUGAACCACUGAUAACUACUCUCUGGGAAUGAUUUUGCAACCAGUUUUGCACCUACCUUAUAGUAGCUCCAUCUAGGUUUGCAUUUCCCUAGUUUGUUUAUGAGAAGGUCAUUCAAGACAGUAUCAAAAGCUUUACUAAAGUCAAGCUAUACCAUGUCUACCACUUCCCCCCCCCCCCCGCCCCCAUCCACAAGGCUUGUUACCCUAUCAAAGAAAGCUAUCAGAUUUGUUUGACAUGCUUUGUUCUUGACAAAUCUAUGGUGACUACUACUUAUCACCUUAUUAUCUUCUAGAUGUUUGCAAAUUGGUUGCUUAAUUAUUUGCUCCAUUAUCUUUCUGGGUACAGAAGUUAAGCUGACUGGUCUGUAAAUCUCUGGGUUGUCCUUAUUUCCCUUUUUAUAGAUGGGCACCAUAUUUGCCCUUUUCCAGUCUUCCCAUCUUCCAUGAUUUUUCAAGGAUAAUUGCUAAUGGCUUAGAUAUCUCCUCAGUCAGCUCCUUGGGUAUUCUAGGAUGCAUGUCAUCAGGCCCUGGUGACCUGAAGACAUCUAAUUUGUCCAAGUAAUUUUUAACUUGUUCUUUCCCUAUUUUAACCUCUUCUGAUACUACCUCAUUUUCCCUGGUAUUCACUAUGUUUGACGCCCAAUCACCACCAACCUUCUUGGUGAAAACUGAAACAAAGAAGUCAUUAAGCAUCUCUGCCAUUUACACAUUUUCUGUUAUUUUCCCCCAUCAUUAAGUAAUGGGCCUACCCUGUCCGUGGUCUUCCUCUUGCUUCUAAUGUAUUGGUAGAAUGUUUUCUUCUUACCUUUUACGUCUCUAGCUAGUUUGAUCUCAUUUUGUGCUUUGGCCUUUCUAAUUUUGUCCCUACAUACUUGUGGUGUUUGUUUAUAUUCAUCCUCUGUGAUUUGACCUAGUUUCCACUUUUUGUAGGACUUUUUUUUUUUUUAGUUUCAGAUAAUUGAAGAUCUUCUGGUUAAGCCAGGGUGGUCUCUUGCCAUACUUCCUAUCUUUCCUAUGCAGUGGGAUCGUUUGCUCUCGUGCCCUUAAUAAUGUCUCUUUGAAAAACUGCCAACUGUCUUCAAUUGUUUUUCCCCUUAGACUUGCUUCCCAUGGGAUCUUACCUACAAACUCCCUGAGUUUGCUAAAGUCUGUCUUGAAAUCCAUUGUCUUUAUUUUGUUGUUCUCUCUCCUCCCAUUCCUUAGAAUCAUGAACUCUUAUCAUUUCAUUAUCACUUUCACCCAAGCUGCAUUCCACUUUCAAAAUCUCAGCCAGUUCCUCCCUAUUUGUCAAAAUCAAAUCUAGAACAGCCUCUCCAUUAGUAGCUUUCUCCACCUACUGAAAUAAAAAAUUGUCUCCAAUAAAUUCCAAGAAUUUAUUGGAAAAUCUGUACCUGCUGUAUUGUUUCCCCAACAGAUUUCUGAGUAGCUGAAUCCCUCAUCACCAUCAAGCCCUGUGCUUUGAAUGAUGGUGAUAGUUGUUUAAAAGAAGUCUCACCUACCUCUUCUUCCUGGUUAGGUGGUCUAUAGUAGACCCCCUACCAGGACAUCACCCUUAUUUUAUGCCCCUUUUAUCCUUACUCAGAGACUUUCAACAAGUCUGUCUCCUAUUUCCAUCUCAAUCUCACUCCAAGUGUAUACAUCUUUCAUAUAUAAGGCAACACCUCCUCCCUUUUUUUUUUUAAUCCUAGAAUAUCAGAGUUCGAAGGGACCUCAGGAGGUCAUCUAGUCCAACCCCCUGCUCAAAGCAGGACCAGUCCCCAACUAAAUCAUCCCAGCCAGGGCUUUGUCAAGCCGGGCCUUAAAAACCUCUAAGGAUGGAGAUUCCGCCACCUCCCUAGGUAACACAUUCCGGUGCUUCACCACCCUCACCACCCUAGGAAAUAGUGUUUCCUAAUAUCCAACCUAAACCUCCUCCACUGCAACUUGAGACCAUUGCUCCUUGUUCUGUCACCUGCCACCACUGAGAACAGCCUAGCUCCAUCCUUUUUUUUUCUACUCCCCGCCCCCCAGCUUGUCCAUCCUGAGCAAGCUGAGCCCUUCUGUAACAAUAUUCCAGUCAUAUGUAUUAUCCCACCAAGUCUCUGUGAUGCCAACUAUGUCAUAGUUGUGUUUGUUUACUAGCAUUUUGAGUUCUUCCUUCUUCUUCCCCAUACUUCUCGCAUUAGUAUAUAAACAUCUAAGAUACUCAUUUGAUUCCCCACCCCCCAGUUCUGUCUUCUCUCCUUUAUCCCUGCUAUAAUAGCCCAUGCUUCCCCCAAAUUCCAAACCUUCUCCCAGUCUCCAUGUUCUUGACUUACGUCUGGGUUUUGGUCACCUGCCCCCUUCAAACCUAGUUUAAAGCCCUCCUCACUAGGUUAGCCAGUCAGUAUCCAAAUAUGCUCUUCCCCUUCCUCGAUAGGGGGACCCCAUCUCUGCGUACGUUCCAAGGAAACAUUGCCAAAGAUUUUAAAUGAUAGGAAAUCUGACAAACUCCUUUUUUUAAAAAAAUAAGAUGGUUAUUUUGUUUUAAAGUACUGUAACAAGUGUAACCAGUUAAGAUGCAAGUAGACAAACUGCAGACUAAGUGAAGAUCAUUUGCUUUAAUAUGUAUUUAAGAUGGGCAUAGAAGUACUUUAUCAUCAACUCAUUAAUUUAAAUUGAAAAAGUAUGCCAUUGGAAUUAUUUUCUUCCUAAUAAGGAAUAGAAAAGUAUGUUUAUGUACUGUAUGUACACUUAUAUUUAACAGGAUUGUAUUAACUGUUUUAAUGUAACUUAAUCAUUGGCUGCACUACAAAUAACUGGACCAUUUUCUUGUCUGUAAAUGAUCUAUCCUCAGACAUUGGGCAAGAAAGAGGGUGACUUUGUCUAGUUUCUGUAACUGAUGUGUUCUGUAUCUAAAUAAAGAUUACAAAACAUCUU